AUGUCGCAUUUUGGGUCAUCCCUGAUCGCCGAUUGGCCACUAAAUCCAACGAUUCUGGCUCCACAAAACCCGUCUGGAGCAAAAAGUGUAGGAACCGAUAUGGAGGCUGUCAAGGAGUUGGGCACUUGUGAUCUCUACCCACAAAAUUACCGGUUUAGCUUCCUAGAUCCAUUGUUCUCUGGUUUGUCUUGCGUUGUUUCUGUGCCCUUCUACACUGGUUUCCUCCCUCUGCUUUUUUGGAGUGGCCAUGGUAAAUUGGCGAGACAGAUGACGUUGUUGAUUGCGUUUUCUGAUUAUACUGGAAACUACAUAAAGGAUGUGGUUUCUGCUCUAAGACCCCCUUCUCCCCCUGUCCAUAGAAUUACUGCCACAAAAGAUGAAGAAGAUAAUGCUUUAGAAUAUGGACUCCCUUCUUCUCAUACUCUUAACACAGUUUGCUUAUCCGGCUACCUUUUGCACUAUGUGCUAUAUCAUACUAAAAUAGAUGGUGUCCAUGCUACCUAUAUUGGAGUUCCCCUUGUUGUCUUGGUGGUGACUCUCAUUGGCUUCGCAAGAGUCUAUCUUGGUAUGCACAGUGUGAUUGAUAUCAUUGCUGGCCUUCUUUUUGGACUUGGGAUCCUUGCAUUUUGGCUUUCAGUUGAUGAAUACAUAGACAAUUUUGUGGUCUCUGCCUCUCUAGACAAAACGGAUUUUGGGAUUUAUUUCUUAACCAAACUUCUUAGAAGACAUUGGAAUAUAACUGAUGCUCAUGGCAAAAGUGAAAAUGUUUGGGGCUUUGGGGUGGUUAGGGAAGAGCCAGCUAUACUUCCUAAGAGUAGUUUUGAAUACUCUUGGAUUUUCAUUAAAUACACAAAAUGAAAAAAUGAGUAUUGCUACAGAAGUGUAGAGUGAGUCUAAAUGGAAGCAGUUGGGGGAAUUAGCUAUGUCUAAUGGAAGGUUAGAUAUGGCAUGCGAUGGAUUUGAGUGGGUUAUUACUGCUGUAUUCUUCUUUAGGAGAUGCUGAAGAAAUAUUAAAACUUGUUUUUUUCUAGUUGUAGAAAAAAUUAGUUAGCUUUGUGGAGAAACAAUUUUUUUAAUCCAAUGUGAAGAUUGCGGGAGUUAUAAACCUGGUAUUUUUCUUAAAAAUGCAUGUUGAAUUGCGGCGGUUAACAACUGCCCCAAUUUUUUUCAAAACUUGUUUUUCAAAUAGCGGCGGUUUUAAAACAGCCGCAAAUAACUCUUCUCAUUUAGCGGCGGCUAUACCAGCGGUUGCUGAAAACCGCCGCAAAAUCAAUUCCCCGCGCCCCUAACCAUGGCGGUCCAUUCAAUUGCGGGUAUUUGAUUUUGCGGCGGUUUAAAACCGCCGCUAAUAAGCUAAAAAACCGCCACAAUUUACCGUACUCUCUGCGGUUAACCGGCUCGCAUGGUAAACAAAUUGCCUAUUUACUUUAAGGUGAAUUUUAGUAUACAGAUCAAAAAGUCAUACAGAUUUAAAGAUUUGUUU